GUUGAAAACUUUGCUGUGUUUCAGGUUAUUUUUGACGAAGAGGAUGAAGUGAAUCCGCAUUCGCAGCCCGAUGAGUCUGAUAAUGAAGCGCAUGGUGAGACGAGCAGCGCACCGCUUGAGAAGCCGUUUAAAUGCGACUACUGCUCAUACAGUAGUAGCACAUCCACGCGUGUUAGGAAACAUAUUGUGCGAGCGCACACGUGCGAUAUUUCCUAUGUUUGCUCGCUGUGUGUUUACGAAAGCAACUGGAAUCGCGAUUAUUACGCCCAUAUGAGGACGCAUUUUGCCGGUCCGCCGUUUCACUGUGACAUAUGCGAGCAUGAAACUGACUGCAUUCGCAGCUUAUUGUCGCAUCGUUUAACCCACUCCGAUGAACGACCGUUCAAGUGUACGCUGUGUGAAUACAAGUGCCGCUCAAGAAACAAUCUCAUAGUGCACAUUCGAAACCACACAGGGGAAAGGCCGUUCCAUUGCUCGGAGUGUGGCCGCACAUUCACAAUGAAAAGUACGCUGGACCAGCAUUUGGCUGCUCAUUCGGAAACCAGGCCGUACAAAUGCCAUCAUUGCGAUUUUUCCACGAAAUAUCAGAGCCAUUUGAUUUCCCAUCGCCGCAUUCACUCGGGCGACGUUUUUCACUGUCAUUACGAUGAAUGCAGUUACUCAUCUCCGAAGAAAAGUCAACUCGCUGCGCAUCUAAGGACUCAUUUGGCGGUACGAGCACAUCACUGUAAAACAUGCAAUCGUUCAUUCAUCGAGAAGUCACAUUUGGUGAGGCAUGAAAGGAUACAUCUUGAAGACAAGCCUUUCAAAUGCGAUAAUUGUGAUUAUUCCUCGUCGAGACGCGACAAACUGAAGGAGCAUAUCCAGAAACAUCAUAGCAGCAUGAGCAGCGGCAAACAACAUCGGCGCAGGUAUCGUCGUGCGAAACAGCUAGCACAGCUUGUCGCUGCACAGGCAAAACAAGUACAGCCGAAUCUUGAAUGCAUUUUCCGGCCGAUUCCAGCCUCCGAGCUUGUCGAUAAAUCGUCCAGUAGCUUAAAUGGACCUGUUCCAACCGGCACAUCACAGCUGAAUUCCCAAAAUGCGCCCGAUUUCUCAUCUUCUGAUAUAUCUCAACUUCGAAACGAGAACCAUCGGGCGCCAGCAGGCGAGCAUGUUAGUGGAACGCAACAAACGCAUCCACACUCACUGAUGGAUUUUUCAUCCUUACUUACCUCAAACAGUUUGAACCCGGGACGUCCAUCGUCAGCUGUUGUACCGGCCACCACAGCAAUGCCUGUUUCACCAGCAAUGAGUCUCAAUUUUCAUAUCGGUAAUGUCUACUUUAUUUUUGAUUAA